AGUGUCCCGUUUAAUGACCCGACAAACUUAACGCAACCCUGUGAAACAACUAGUUUUCAGGGCCGAAGCAAUCUCUAUUGUGGGGCUGUAAUGGAAGAAGAGAUUGAACCGGAAGGACCAGAGGUCCCAAAAGUCCGAGGCCGAUACAUUAAGAAAAGGGCUCUCAAGAAUAAAGCUGUCUCCGUUUCAUUUGACGAGAAAGACCUCAAGGACUACGUGACUGGGUUUCACAAGAGGAAGAAGAAGAGGAGAAAGGAAGCGGAAAGGAAGCAAGAGGAGGCCAAAAGGCUUAAGCGUCUUGAGGAACGAAAAAAGAGGAGAUUGGAAAAAGAGUUUGCCUUAUAUGGUGGGAAUCCACCAGCCACUGAUUCUGUGCCUGAUGAAACUGAGGAGUACCUUGAGGAGGAUGGAGAAGCACAGCCAAUGGCGCCAAUUACAGGAACAACACUUUAUGACAAUGGCAACAUGAAAGUCACUGUGAUAACUAGUGAGAUUGCUGGUGAAGAAGAAAACAUUCCCAGUGGAAACACACCAGCUACUGUGCUCAGCUCCAUUGGAGUAAAUAAAAAGCACAAUAUCCCUGUGCAUAAAAGUAAAUCAUUCAAGAAAGUUGCAAGACACAAAUCACAGUCAAAGCCACAAAAUAAAAGAAACAAAAAGAAAGGUAAGAGAAAGAACCAGAACCAGAAAAGGCGGUAGCUGUUUUUUCCUUCAGACAUAUCUUUGAAUUUAUUGGAUUGAAAUGUUCUGCUAUUGAGAUGAAUAGAGUCUAUAAUGUAAGUGAGAAGUUGAGUUGGAUUGAAACAAUUUUAUAUCUCUGUCAUUUGUAUUGCCAGUUCUCCCUUCUUAUUAACAAAAUUGGGCAAGGAUUCCCUUAACAUA